UGUGGACGGCAGACUUUUUAAGUGUGUGAGAGGAGAAGGAAGACGCUUCUGUCAUGGCUGCUGAGCUGGAUUUUUCCCCCCCUGAGAUCCCUGAGCCCACCUUCAUGGAGAAUGUGCUGCGCUAUGGACUCUUUUUUGGAGCCAUUUUCCAGCUUAUCUGUGUAUUAGCCAUAAUCCUCCCAGUCUCAAAGUCUCAUAAAACAGACUCCGACGGUUUUGAGCCUAAAAGCUCUGAGGUGGUGAAGAAGCCAAAGGUGGCUGCUCAGCAAAUGAGCAAGAAACCCAAGAAGGAAACUAAGAAAAAGCGAUAAAAGGCCUCAGAAUGGAGCCUAAUGGCAACGUUUUGGCUGUAAUCAAGUUUCCUUGAAGAUGACAUCAUGGGUCAACCAAUUAAAUGGGUGUCUGGUCCUGCCAUGUUAUGUCUUCCAGGGGUAGGGGGAACUGACAAGUUGUGGGAGGGUUGGGUUUCUUUUGCUUGAUUCCUUGCAGGCAAAAUGGACUGUACACAUCCAGCUAGUUACUCGGUCAUAAGCCCUGUGAUCAACUCACUUGUGAUGGGUAAGGAAAGCUUACACUUGCACCUCCCCCAUGCUGGCAGGGGUGUGAGGUGAAGAAGGCCCAUGGAAGGGGAGCAUGUGUUUGGUUAUCAAAGAUAGCUUUUUUCUGUCAUAUUUUUAAAGACUGAGGGAUCAACUGGCUCUGGGAUGUCCCACUUCUCAACUCUGUAACCUCCUGUAUUGUUGUCUCAUUUAAAAUAUACCAGUUUAUUUUAUGGCUUAAUAA